AUGGCAUCAUCGACUCCAUCUCCACGUGGAUCCGCUGCGCAUCUGUCCCACAACCCAUCCCCUUCUGCUUCGCUACAGAAACCAACAAAUCAGCUUGAGAGCCUGAUAGCACAUCUACUGGCAUCUAAGAGAUCGCUCUCAAGCAUUCGUCAUGUACACCGCGCCACUACCAUCCUAUCCAAGGCACGAGCGGACCUGGAGUCAACUACCAUUCUCGCUGCCCGCACCACGUUCCUGCAGAGAUCGUUGGCAUCACAGUCAAAGAUAUUACGCGGUGUGCAGUUUGAGCUAGAAGAUGUUGUUCAUAGUAGUCAAGCAGAGUUUAGCUCGAUGUUGAAAGAAUUGGACGAUGCUGGCAAGAAGCUGGAACAAACGGUCCAUAGGUUGAAGGGUACAAAAUUAGAGCCGGGAUUUCGUGACACGGACUUGAAGACCAGCGUUUCAUCAAAGAACGACUUGCCAGCUGAGACAAAAGAGACCCUGUAUGAUUUUGUUGAUGUGGCUCCCGUUGACAGGUUAAAGGAUAACAUCAAAACAUCCAUCGAUAAGGUCCAGCAAGCAAAAGGGGAGAUGGAUCAAUCGCUGCAGGAUUUUGAGGAAGACUUGCAAACAGUCAACAAUGCUCUGGCAGGGAAGACGGCAACUUCCUCGUCAGCGAGCUCGACCUUUCAACCACCAAAUAUCCCAGCAACUGUGAAAGCCUUGGAGAAUCACGCAAGAGAGAUGGCAGAGGGCUUAGAAAGCCUUGUCAAGCAUUUUGACUUGUGCGUCACCGCGAUCCAGCAUACAGAGGGUGGCGGAGCUGCGGUAGUUAAGAACCUUGAGAUGGAUGAGCUACCUGAAGGUGUGAGGGUUGAGGACUUUAAGGCUCCAGCAAAUUCUAUCACCGAGGACGAGAAGAAGGAUAUGAUGACGGUGCUGGAUAAUGACGCUGCAGAGGUCGAGGAAGUGGUAAUCGAGAUUCAGGAUCGCAUUUCUCAAAUGGAGGCUCAGCUAGAUCAUGUCCAGCUGUGGCGGGAGAAGAAAGAGACUGAAAAUGACGAUAUCAUGGCAGCUAUGAAAUUGCUUGAGCAAGUUGGCACAAAACUGCCAGGCUACAUCAUCCAGAGUCAGACGUUUGUGGCCCGCUGGAGCGAGGAGAAGCUCAAGAUCGAAGAAGGGAUAGUAGGUCUCGAGGGAUUGAGGGAUGUCUACCAAAAUUUUCUGGGCGCGUACGAUGGACUGAUUGUGGAAGUGGCCAGGCGGAAGGCGGUCCGGAAUCAGAUGGAGAAGGUCAUACGGGAGGCCCACUCAAGGGUGCAAAAGCUCUAUGAGGAUGAUGUUGAAGAGAGAGAGGCGUUCCGACUUGAUCAAGGGGAAUAUCUGCCAAUGGAUAUCUGGUCCGGCUUGUCAGAUCCUCCACCUAAGUAUGCCAUUUCGCGGAUCGGCGAAGCUCGGGAGAGUGUGCCUGAUCUCCCACGAAAGACAGUCGAAGAGGCGCUGAGGCGGUUGAAAGCUGCCAGUCGGGAGUCAUGA